AUGAUACCCUUGCCAAUAAUAGCGAUUAUCUCGAUCUUUCUGGUUCGUGUAGAUAUACCUGAGAUUAUAAACCCGCUAAGUGCUCCUGAUAUGCAUCGGCACCACCUUUGUGACUACGAACGGCUACGACUCCGUGGUAUAGAUUCCAUCUUCAGAAUUUCGUAUGCCAAUGCGCAUUACGAUGUAGUGAAAACGUAUCCAUACGCAUUUGUUGUGCCAUCGUCCGUUGGUGAUGACGCUUUCUUGAAAAUUGCCAAAGGAUUCAAGCAUGGUCGUUUUCCCGUUAUUACUUGGACAAGUGAAAAUGGUGCACUGCUGAUUCGUGGGAGUGGUCUGACACAGAGUAAUGAACACUACUUGGCUCGACUGGCGCAGGUGUCACCCUCUGGCAACGGAGAUCUAGGGGGUACAACUGGAAGCUUGGCUAGCUUGAUCUCUAUUGAUAGCCUUCUUACUGCUGAUGGUAUGUCCUCAGUAGCCACUGGAACUCCUGAUGCUCGCCGACGUAAUCAAGGAUCGGAUCUGGCAAAACACUAUGCGACUUCUAUCCGUAGCAGUGGUGGAAAACCAGGAUCUAGAGCUUCUAUGAUAAAUCCAAAUGCUCCUUGGACGAUUGCGUAUAGUGAGCGACAGUCACAAAAGACGCUACAGUAUGCGAUAGGAAGCUUGACGCGGAAGAAUCUGUACAUCUUAGUCGAGAAGGGACAUUCAAAGGUGCGUCAUUGA